UUUUGUCGACUGUAUAUACAGUGUUUCGGGUGGAGGGGCAGAGUUAUUGUUGCAAUCGUUCAAGACAACUUUGAACACAGCAUACCUCUGGACCUCGAAAAUUGUAAACUACCAAAAGCCUACAUUUGGAGGUACUAUGGCACUACGGUCUGCUCUGCUAGGCUGUGGAUUGCUUGUCAUUUUGCUGGCAGUGGUGUUCCCCCCUUUGGAUGCAGCAAGUCAGGCAAUAAACCAAGAGUUGUCAGACCUCUUCAAUGAGCUCUGGAAGCUGGAUGUGAACCGCAUGAAGCCUGGGACUGACUAUACCAUCUCUGUGCAGGGCAAAGCUGGCUUUGUCUCUCAAGGCAGUAACCAUGCCAGGGACCAUGCCUCAUCGCCUCUCUUCUCCAAUGUCAAUGAGAACAAACUGAAGACCAUUACUACCUUCUCCCGCUUCAUGAAGCUCCUGGACAACUAUGAGAGGUCAACAGGCGUGGCAGAGUAUGUCAGCCGAGAAGAGGUCACAGAGAACAAUCUCUUCCUGGAUGCCGUUCUGAACACCGAGGUCAUGAAGCAUGCCCACAGGUAUCUGGUUAGCAAGGGCCACUCCCAAUCAGAUCUGAGGACAUUCAAGCGUCAGCUGUACACCAUCUGGUUCGACCUCUACUACAGAAGUGGAAGUAAGGACUCGUGCGGAUUUGAGCAUGUGUUUGUUGGAGAGACUAAAUUCGGAAAUGAGAUUGCUGGUUUCCAUAACUGGGUCCAGUUCUACCUGCAGGAGAAGAGCAGGAAUUUGGACUACAAGGGAUACAAAGCCAGGGACCAUGACAUACCUGACCAAGACGACCACGUCCUGAACCUCCAGUUCAGCUGGCACGGUUUGGUGAAGCCGGUGGGCAGUGCCUUCGUGGGGGCCAGUCCGGAGUUUGAGAUGGCCCUGUACACCAUCAUCUUCCUCAUCAACACACAUCGGAGCACCACAGUGGUGGUCAACAUUGACGAAUGUCAGCUGGAGGUGGUGGUGGUCAGGCACGGGCGCUCCAUUGGGACAGCCUACCCCAAACUGCUUAGCAGCAACAACAGACACCUGUAGUUGGAGGCAUCAAACACACGCACACAAGCAUAGAUUUAUGAAUAAGACUCUGCACACACACACACACUGUUUUGGACUGAGCAUUUAAUCAGGCCAGUUUGCUUCACAAUUAGGCACAUAACCUUUCUUUAGCUGACUGCACUGUGUAAUCUGCACAACAGGAACAUAAAUGGACACAUCUGAUACUCAGGGCAUGCAUGUGUAAGAUAUAAAACCAUGGACUUGUGUUGUAAAGUCUGUUUUCCUACAAGUUGAAAAGUUAAGGUAAAGAACAUGUUUCAGAAGAAGAAAGAAAGUUUAACUCACUGUCUGAUUUCAACAACAGUGACUCAUUGCAAUGUCGUGCCUCAUUUAAAUAAACCAUUUAUAUAAUUUGUUUAUAAGCCAUGUCAUGAAGUCUAAAUUAAGCAUUCUGUAAAUAUGGCCCUUCCCAACAUGCACUGCCCAUCUGGACUCCUGCUUGGCCAAUGUGUAGGGUUUUAUAAGUGCCUAUGUCAAGGCACAAUAAUUCUUUCAAUACAAGCCAUUCUACCAUUUUCCAAAUGUGCUCCUGCAACCAGUAGACCAUACUGUAAUAAAAUGUGCAUUACCGAGUCAAA